UAUGUAACAGGAAACAGCCGUUCCCAGCCCAGACCGGAGGGACCACAGCGGCGGCAGGAGCAGCUGGGUACAGGACACAGACACUGUUUAUUCCAUGCGAUAUGGAUACGAUAUUUGGUAGAAAUAAAGAAGAACAUCCAGAGCCCAUAAAAGCCGAGGUGCAAGGUCAGUUGCCUGCUUGGUUGCAAGGGACACUUCUCCGAAAUGGCCCAGGGAUGCACACAAUAGGGGACACAAAGUAUAACCACUGGUUUGAUGGCUUGGCUCUGCUGCAUAGCUUUACAUUCAAAAAUGGUGAAGUUUACUACAGAAGUAAGUAUCUCCGAAGUGACACGUACAACUGCAAUAUAGAAGCAAAUCGAAUAGUGGUGUCUGAGUUUGGAACUAUGGCUUACCCAGAUCCAUGCAAAAACAUAUUUGCCAAGGCAUUCUCGUAUUUGUCUCACACCAUUCCGGAGUUCACCGACAACUGCCUGAUCAACAUUAUGAAAACUGGGGAUGAUUUUUAUGCUACCAGUGAGACCAACUUCAUCAGGAAAAUUAAUCCACAGACUCUGGAGACACUAGAAAAGGUUGACUACAACAAAUAUGUGGCUGUAAAUGUGGCAACUUCUCACCCGCACUAUGACAGUACUGGAAAUAUUCUCAACAUUGGUACUUCAAUUGUUGAUAAAGGAAAGACAAAAUAUCUUCUAUUUAAGAUUCCUCCCUCUGUGCCAGAAAAAGAAAAGAAGAAAUCUUGUUUUAAACAUCUAGAAGUGGUGUGCUCCAUCCCUUCUCGCUCUCUGCUCCACCCAAGCUACUACCAUAGCUUUGGAAUCACAGAAAAUUACAUUAUCUUCGUAGAGCAGCCAUUCAAACUGGAUAUUCUCAAAAUGGCAACUGCUUACAUCCGAGGUGUGAACUGGGCUUCCUGCCUUGCCUUUCAUAAGGAAGAUAAGACUUGGUUUCACUUUGUAGACAAGAGGACUAAAAAAGAAGUAUCCACCAAGUUUUAUACCGAUGCUCUGGUGCUCUUUCACCAUAUAAAUGCUUAUGAAGAGGAUGGCCACAUUAUUUUUGAUAUUAUUGCCUAUAAUGACAAUAGCUUAUAUGACAUGUUCUAUUUAAAAAACCUGAGUAAAGACUUUGAAGAGAAGAACAAGCUUACCUCCAUACCAACCUACAAGAGAUUUGUUGUUCCUCUGCAGUAUAACAAGGAUGCAGAAGUAGGUUCUAAUUUAGUCACAAUUCCAUCUACUGCAACUGCUGUAAAAGAGAAAGAUGGCAGCAUCUAUUGCCAGCCUGAAAUACUAUGUGAAGGUGAGAUAUAUCCAUU